CGAGAGUCCAUACCACACUAGUGACAUGAGAACCCAUGGCCGGAUGCUGUUCAUUUUACGUACACAUUCUUCCUAUUACGGUUAAUCGGCUAUACACAGUGUAUGAUACUGCUGGACACUAGGCUAGAUAAAUAUUCAAGGGUUGCAGAAUCGGUGUUAAUUAAACCAAGUGAUGUUUCUAAUGCUGAUUUUGCUGUUCCUGACGACUGUUGAGAGCGAGUUACAUGGCGACCAUGUGUGUACGUAUAAUAACGGAACACUACACUAUAAAACCAUCACGAAGAUUACAAAGGUUGACACCAAGGUAGCACAAUGUCACGCACGAAACAGUUUUGGCUGUAUUAGAUGGGAGUACUAUAUGAAUGUUUCAACUCACGAAAACGUCAGUUACAUGGUAAACCGCCAUGUUCAGGCUUGUUGCAUAGGCUUCUAUGAGAUCAACGGGAAAUGUGAAGCAUGUGAGCAAGGCCACUACGGCUGGCGGUGUGAACGCGACUGCGGGUGUUCAGCAAAUUCAACAUGCGACUCAGAAACUGGGCAGUGUUCAUGUCUGCCAGGCUUAAUAGGUCAAAAUUGUGAUGAAGAGUGUGAUGUUGGUUUCUAUGGACACAACUGUUCGUCCUCUUGUGAUUGUCUAUACAGCGGGGAUUGUCAAAAAGACACCGGGCAGUGUUUUCAAGGGCCAAAAGGCGUAAUGGAGCACACACCAGAUUCUACCUCUCCUCCAAAAGAAGUUUCUUCUGUUUUAUACUACGUCAUCAUUGCUGUCCCAGCAGGGUUUGGACUCAUCAUCAUCAUUCUGAAUAUAGUUUUUAUCUACAGAUGCAGGUUGAAAAAACGUCAGUCUGAAAGGAAUUGUUCGCAAAGAGGUUCCCGAGAGGACUACGAGACUAUCGACGACAAUUUCCUUUCUAACGACUAUGUGGACAUGCCUCAAGCCGAGGACACUCCGGUGUUUACAGUGACCAGUGUUUCAUUUCCAGACGAAACCUACAAUGAAAUACAUCUCAAACUACAUCACGAACAACACACGGAAGGACCAUAUACAGAAGUUACAUGCAUAAUAGAAAAUACAAAACAUUCAAACACAUCUCUGUCUCACAGUCAAGGAGAUAAAAGUGACCAAUGCAACUACGACACAAUGUCACGUUCAUGGGAAAGAGAUAUAAACGAUGAGUAUACAGAUGAAAGUGAUUACAAUCGCCUUGAAAAAGAUUUGAAAUCAUAUGAUACGUUUCAGAGUGUUAAAGAGGCGUCAUCCAUGACGUCACUUCCAGCUUAUUUAGAUGACGAUUACAGUAAUGUCAAUAUUUCAGAGAAAGGCGAAAGUUUGGUCAGUCUAAAUGUAGGAUCAACUCCACCGUAAUACAUGAACAUGAGGUCAUGGUUUAUUUAUUCACGCUUUUAAUUUAAUGGGUGCGAAAAAAUAUUAUUAUUAUGUGUUGGAAAUCAUAUUUUAUAUUCGUAAUUUGUUCCAUUUUACUAAUAUUUCAGCUGUAUCUGUUGCUAAUCUCGAUAGGUGUGUCCUGUAGACGAAUACCUUAUGGAACCUUCUCAAAACAUUAGUCGUUGUCAUUUCCAUUUUUAAAUGGUUUCAGCGCCUGCCAUGUGCUGAGACAUGAUCACCGUUUCUUAGAUCCAUGAUGACUAACAGACGUUUCUACAUUUACAAUAUACAUAAUGAUGGGUACCUCAUGUGUCGACCCGGAGGACCUGUUUUCACCUCCAGUUUUAAUCGGGUUCGUGCUGCCUAUUCUGUGUUCCAAUCGGAAUUGUCCUUUUCUUGGUAGUAACAUUCUGUGUUCCAAUCGGAACUGUCCCUUUCUUCGUAAAAGUAACAUUCUGUGUUCCAAUCGGAACUGUCCCUUUCUUGGUAGUAACAUUCUAUGUUCCGAUCGGAACUGUCCCUUUCUUGGUAGUAACAUUCUGUGUUCCGAUCGAAACUGUCCCUUUCUUGGUAGUAACAUUCUAUGUUCCAAUCGGAACUGUCCCUUUCUUGGUAGUAACAUUCUGUAUUCUAAUCGGAACUGUCCCUUUCUUGGUAGUAACAUUCUGUGUUCCGAUCGGAACUGUCCCCUUCUUGGUAGUAACAUUCUA